UGUCACAGCUUUGAAACGUCCCCUGAUCUGCAAGGCUAUAUAAAUGUAACUUGGUGGUGGUUGUAUCGCUUAAGUAAAGAGCUCUGUGAUGGCUUUGGGUUUGGCUGCUGGUCGCUCACUCAGGGCAGCCUUUGCCCCGAAUUUCCAGGGAUUUGGAUUGCGCUACAGAUCCAGCGUUCGCGCCGCUGCUGAACAUGAUCUGGACGUGCGACCGACCCCGCUGAAAACUAUUCAGGAUCUCCCAGGUUACGGUCUGCUGACUGGCAUCUACUGGAACAUUCUGAGAGGCUACUUAUUGAAAACGCACGAAUUGCAGAUUGUGCACAAGGAGAUCUUUGGGCCUAUAUGGAAAUCCCAAUUUGGGCCCUUGAUUGUGAUCAACGUAGCCAAUGCGGAGCUGAUCGAGCAGAUCCUGCGACAGGAGGGCAAGUACCCUCUCCGGUCAUACAUGCCACAUUGGCGAGAGUACAGGGAGCUCCGUGGACAUGCUUAUGGCCCACUUUGCGAGUACGGGCUGAAAUGGUACCAGAUGCGCAGGAUGCUGAACCCCAAGCUGCUGCAACCGAAGGCGGUGAUAAACUACGCCCCGGCCAUCAACGAGGUGGUCAGCGACUUUGUCAAAAAGAUCGAGAGACUGAGAGAGAGCCAGGGAGACGGCGUAACAGUGAAGGAUCUCUCCAACGAAUUGUACAAGUUUGCUUUCGAAGCGAUCACUAUGGUGCUCUUUGGGACGAGGAUUGGAUGCCUGGCGGAUAACGUGCCCCAGGAGACCCAGAACUUCAUCAGUGCCGUGGGAGAGAUGUUUCACCUCUCAGCCAUUUUGAUCUUCUUCCCCAAAGCCAUGUGGCCAUACCUGUCCAUUUGGAAGAAGUUUGUGAAGGCCUGGGACUAUCUGUUUUUUGUGGCCAAGAAACUGGUGGACAAGAAAAUCGCCCAGAUCGAGGAGUGGAGAGCUCAGGGGCUGCCACUGGAGGACGGGUAUCUCAUUCACCUCCUGUCCAACAACAAAAUGACCCCCAUCGAAAUCUACGGCAGCCUGACUGAGCUCUUGUUGGCCGGCGUGGAUACAACGUCCAACACAAUUUCCUGGGCGCUGUAUAACCUGGCACGAGAGGCCAGUAUCCAGGAUAAGCUGUACACAGAGAUCUCAAGCUUGCAUCCUGGGGAACAGAUCCCCACCACCAGCGACUUCAGCAAAAUGCCUCUGCUAAAGGCCACCAUCAAGGAGACACUGCGGAUGUACCCAGUUGUGCCUGGGAACGCCCGGGUCACAGUGGACAAGGAGGUGGUGGUUGGAGAUUAUUGUUUCCCUCAAAACACCCUCUUCCACUUGUGCCACUACGCCGUCUCGUACGAGGACUGUAACUUCGCGGAGCCUCAAAGAUUCAAGCCGGAACGCUGGCUGGAGAGCAAGAAGCAACAUCCCUUCUCCUCCAUCCCGUUCGGCUUCGGGUUACGGACCUGCAUAGGCAAGCGAGUGGCCGAGCUGGAGAUGUACUCUGUGCUAAGCACGCUGAUAAAUCGCUUCGAAGUGAGGCCGGAUCCUUCCAGAAAAAGAAUAACGGCGAAAACCAGGACACUGCUCUGCCCAGGCGACACCAUGAACCUGCAGUUUAUUGAUAGGAGAUAAGACCAUAGGAGCAGUAGGCCAUUCGGCCCCUCGAGCCUGCCCACCAUUUAAUAAGAUCAUG